AAUGCACCGCGCGCGGAGAGAAGGUGACAGGGGACGCCGAAAAUGGCUGCCGCCUUUCUAACCCACCAGCAGAAGGUCCUGCGGCUUUACAAGAAAUCUCUGCGACACCUGGAGUCAUGGUGCAUAUUCAGGGACAAAUACCGUUUCUACGCCUGCAUGAUGCGGGCUCGCUUUGAUGAGAACAAGAACGAGAAGGACAUGGUGAAGGCCACCAUGAUGCUGAAAGCAGGAGAGGAGGAGUUCUGGACCAAUCAGCAUCCCCAGCCCUACAUCUUCCCCGACUCUCCUGGAGGGACGUCCUACGAAAGAUAUGAGUGCUACAAGGUCCCAGAGUGGGUUCUGGACCACUGGCACCCCUCGGAGAAGGCCAUGUACCCCGACUACUUCGCCAAGAGGGAGCAGUGGAAGAAGCUGAGAAUGCAGAGCUGGGAGAAAGAGGUUGCUCAGCUGGAGGCCGAGACUCCGGCCGGCGGCCCCAAGAACGAAGCUCUCCCACCGGCCCGCAAGGAGGGCGACCUCCCCCCUCUGUGGUGGCAGUACGUCACCCGUCCCAGGGAACGCCCCAUCUAAAUACUUUAUCUCCAGUCAGGCGACCCCACGGUGGGAACACCCGAACAGCAGAACCCGACUGGCUGGAAAGAAUCAUUUCUCCACCUGAGCAGCAGCAUGACGAUGUUAAUCCCCCUGAAUUCAAUGAGUCUUCAGUCAGUUUUGGGUUGUGGGAGUCUGAAAAAUCCCGUACAUGUUCCAGUGACAACCUGUAAUUGUUUCAAUAAAUAAAUAAAUAAAUAAAUCUUUAUUCAA